UGUUCCCCUGAAAAAUUAGUGUGUAACAGUCAACUCUUAAAGCGACAUGGAAAGUUGUAGAAAGUAAACAAACUGCAGGAGGGGAGGAAUGGUCUCGUAUGUAAUGACUCUGAGAGUUAUCAUUAACCAAGCGCUAGUUAAGAAUUCCAAAUCCGCAUUCCUUUUUCCUGUCAGUUUGAAAUGCAUGUGGUGUUGUCUACAAACAUGAAACGGAAUCGACCGCUACGAUCAUAACAUUAUAUUCCUUCAACAGUUUGAUCUUUUUUUUACCAUAAAGCAAAGUAAGUAAAUUUCUGUCAACAAGCUGAACUUGGUGAAAUAUAAGCAGUCAGCGUUCCACAUGUUAACUUAAAGCAUGACCAGAACAAAACACAUGAUUGUUACGCAGCUUGUCUCAGCACUAGUGGAAUUUACUUUGCGUUCUGACACAUCACAUCACUCUCAUUCUUCUCAUUAUUUUGCCAUCCAGACCCAAUCAUUCCAAUAGCCGAGAAUACUCUAUUGUCAUUUCUUUGCGGACAGAAAUCAGAACCAAACUGAUUCAUACACAGUUAUUUAAUCCCACACGUGAUUAAAGACAUUUGCUUAGUGUUUUCACGCCAUUUUUCUAAGUUCUGAGCGAGAGAGGUCAUUGUGUCCCCACGCGCCGAAGGAGUCGAUGAUCGUAUGACCACUGAUGGAUGGACCAUCCUAUGCUCCAAUUUACCGUGUGACCGGCUUCGGAAUUUAUUCAGUGGCGUCCAGCGUUUAGCAGAAUAUACAAACUUAAAGGGCUUACCUCGAGAUCACUUACAUUUACCCCUAGAGCCAAAUCAUAUUUAGAAACAGGUAGCUGUCUUUAAAAAAAUGUAGGUUUGUGAACAGGAGUUCGCUGGUGCGUCAAAAAGUGAAAGGGCUUGUUUAACAUAUACCGCCUGAAGCUGAUUUCAGGUUCACACGAGGGUAACCAUGCAAGAAAAUGAGAUUUAAAGCUUCAGUCAGUCAUAACGUUCGAAUAUAGCCUGGCGGACAAUUAAUUUCAUCUCAAGAAGUAAAGAUAAGGGACAAAAGGUUACACAAGGGCUGAUAUGACCCGACUGCUGUUCGCCUGUUCGUUGCUUUGCUUGGCCAUCGUCGCAUGCGCACAGCAGGCAGAACGGACGACCGGAAGUGACGUCACAGACGAGGAGCCUCACCCUUAUACUAUUUCAUUCUUCCUGUUCCCACAUCAUGAGACUGUUGAACUGUCAGGCGGGAAAGGGAAGGUCACGAAUGUCACUCAACAUGAUAAAUCAAAUGAUCUGACUAAAGCAAAAGGAAAGAAUCCGUCGGGUGAUCUCGCUCUGGAUGAUGACCCGGAUAUAUCUUACCAGCACGGUAGCGUGAAACACCCCGCCCAUGAAAUGUACCCCAUGUGCCAUCACUGUCCAAUGAAUUCAACAUACGACGAAUGUACACAUAAACGCACACUCAAGAAAUGUAAUGAUGGUCUUUCUAAUAUCUGCUUUACAAAGAGUACAAAGAGGAACGAUGUAGUUCACUAUCAUAUGGGCUGUGCUAACCACAAGCAAUGUCAGAGGGCUCGUGCUAAACCAUGCAAAGUUCACGAGAAACGCUGUUUUACUUGCUGCCAAUGGAGCGGAUGUAAUUCAAUGUCUCACCAUGGAGACUCAACUGCUCUUUCAUUCUGGAAUACAGGUCACGUGACUUCUGUCGACUGGGUUACUCUGGGCGUCAGCUUGGUGACCUUUGGUAUAAUUUAUUUCAUUUAAAGAGAAAAACCUUCAAAAGUAACAUGUACAUAGAGUUUGGCCGACUCAGUCUAACAACACAAAUGGACUUUGUUUGUAUUCUUGAGAUUCGAAGGACUUCUUUUGACCAUAUUAUCCCUUAGGCAGCGAGAAUGUCUUUUAACUUUCCAUGCUGACUGAAAGGAACCUAAUAAUAUGUUUAAAAAGCUGUUGUAAUAUACCUUUUUGACGGUAGAUAAUGUUGGAGUGGACAUAUCUUAGGGAACAAAGCCCGUUGCAGUUUGUUGGAGUAAUUUUUCCAUAUGACUUUGAAGUAUUUAUCGUUUUCUCGGAGCCUGCGAACACCGAAAUUUACACAGAUUUUGUCACAGAAAGAUUCCUUUUACAAUUUCUGAGACUCCAGUAAAUUAGGCGGGUGAUAAAGCGAACCUCAAAAGUGUCUUUUCUCGUCGAUAAUUAUUUGAUGUUGAUUGAGUCUAAGCUCAGAAUGUGUUAACAGCUCUGUGAGGACCUUUAGAUUAUUCGGGUUUGUGAAAAAUUUCGUAGGCAAAGUAUCAACGGGCUUCAGCUCUUUACUGGAAAACCUCACUCAGUUAUACCCAUACAACAAACAGACCUGGAGUUGUUUGGUGUAUGAAUAUAAUUAUAGUGGCAUUGAAGCACAUGUCUUUCUGUUCAGUUCCUGAAUAAGAGAGUCUCAGAGGCUGAAAUAAUAAAUUGAGUAACAACUAA